ACAGAAUCAAGUAUCUCUGGAGCUCAGCUGCUAAAGGUUGGUGGUUCUACCCGCAGAAGAUCGCAUCUUCUUACUGGUGGCUCCGUCAAAGGACAGACUCACCCUCUCAUACCUCAUUCCCAGGUUAUCCAGCCCCAUUAUGCCAACAGUCGCUGACAAACCUCAUACGGAAUGGACGCUGUGAAGCCGGUUUAUCUUCUCCUCAUCUGUCAAGGCUUCUAUCUGGGUUCUGUAGGUCAGCGGUGGACGUUCCCUUCUAGAAUCCUUGCUCUGAUUGGCUCCUGUGUGGAGAUUCCUUGUACAUAUGAUCCGGGGACCUCAGGACCGUCCAGCACUGUAUGGUAUUUAUAUGAUAGAAUAUAUUACCAAGAGAUCCUAAAUACCAAGAAUCCAUCUUCAGUACUGCAGGAAUACAGAGGUAGAACCUCACUGGUCCCAGGUCAGGACUGUACCCUGAGGAUAGACCCUGUGAGGAGAGAAGACGGGAACAGACAUUAUUAUCCAGGGAUCACAGAACAUAAAUCUAUCAAUGCAUAUGAUCAACAAUCUAAAAUGUUAUAUCUCCUUGUCACAGAUAGACUAAUCAUUCCCCAACUUCAAGGACCUGCAACAAUGGCUGAAGGAGAAGCCAACACUAUACGAUGUUCUGUAGAUCACACAUGUCGCUCCAGUCGUCCUUCCAUACGAUGGAACAAACCCGGGCAAGUUACACAGAAGUCAGUGGAUAUCACUUUAGAAUAUUGGAUAGAAGAAUCAGAACUCAUUUUUAUUCCUACAUAUGUGGAUGAUAAGAGUCCUAUUCAGUGCACGGCUACAUAUCAUAAUGGACAAAAGGUUACAGCAUCGGAUACACCAAGGAUCAGCUAUCCACCAAAAAAUGUGACAAUCAUUAUUGGGAUAACUGAAGUGAUGGAAGGAAAUGAUGUGACUUUACAAUGUAACAGCGUCUCCAAUCCUGAUGUAUCUGAGUAUGAAUGGUACAAAGGGAAGAACAGAACAAAAUCAACAUCCAGAGGAGGAAAGGAGAUAAUAGUGAGGAAUGUAACAAGGAACAUGGAGCCCUAUUCCUGUGCUGCUAUAAAUAUAGUGGGGAGAGGAGAAUCAGCCCUGAUGGAGAUACCUGUACUAUAUGCUGCAACUGGAGUUCAAAUCAAAGUGAAGACUGAAGGUGAAUUCUCGGCAUUGAUAUGUGUUUUCCAAAGCAGCCGACCGGAUGUAUCUCACUACACCUGGAUGAAGGAUGGAUCUAUAUUACACAACGAGACAGGGAAGACUCUGACCCUACAAAAUGACGAUACCAAUGGGCAGUAUUCAUGUAUCGCCCACAACAGGGCUGGGGAUUCCUUCUCUGAAGAGAUCCACAUAAAACGUGAUGAAUUGGAUCUCCCUCUGAUUUUGGGAACGGUUGCAGGGGUGAUCUUUUUGUUUUUUUUCAUUCUGAUCGUCUACUUUUGUCUAAGAUUGUUUAAUUUGAUGCUUUUUAAUAGACAAAAAAAGAAGUCAAGUCUUCCAAACUCUCCAAUUCAUGGGACAUUACCUGCCAGGACGCCUAAUGAUUACUCUAUGGCUGAGAAUGAAAACCAGUAUGGAAAUAUCCAGAAUACUCACCCAGCUCCUUCCAUCAGAUCGGGGCCAUCGGUGGAUAUGAAAGUAGAAGAUAACUACGUGAUUUAUAGCAACAGUGAAGCCCUGCAACCAUCAAACGAAGUUGCAUAUUCUGUAAUUUCACAUAGACGACAUGACCAGGAGCCAUUAACCUCUUCCAGAACCAGCCAAGUAGAGGAUGUGGAGUAUGCUACUCUGAGACAUUAAAGGGGUACUCCGUUGCCUGGAGCCGGAUGCCGUGAUCUUGACGUUACGGCCACACCCC